CGGAUACUCGAGCCCGUGAUGGGGUCUAGCCUCUACCAAUAAAAAGGUGUCCAUUUAUAGUCAUGUCCUCUGGCUUAAUAAAACCUCAUAUUUCCCAAUCUUAAACCCCAACCCCAACCCUGCCCAAGCUCGGGGAGAUGCCGCGACACGCGAAGAGGAAGCACCUAGUCAGACUAAGGCUCUUGGAGAUGCCGCGGCACACGAAGAGGAAGCACCAAGGCAGCAGACUAAGCGGUGGCAAGAAGGUCUGUAGGUGAGAAGAUACUACUGGCUCAAUUGCUGGUGACGAUCAAUGGAUUGUACCGCCGGUCUCCGGGACCCCUCCUGCCCUUCGCCUUGGACAUGCAGCUGCAGUUAUCCAAGAUAAAAUGUACGUCUACGGGGGGAGAAGUUACAUGACUGAAGGAAUCUAUGCGGGUGAGGGGUGUUUUCUGGGCGAUCUUCACGUUUUAGACUUGAAAAAUUGGUCUUGGUCAAAGCUUGAUAAGGAUCACAAGAGGAUUCUUUCUAGAUCUAUUCUCGGUCAUCCUGGCCUGUCUUUGGUAACACGUGGAGGUCAUUCUGUGAACCUUUUAGGAAAUUGCCUAGUGAUAUUUGGCGGAGAAGAUGCAAGAUGGAAUUGUCCAUUGAAUGAUUUGCAUGUCCUUGAUCUUGUGAGCCGGAAAUGGAGCAAACCGCUGGUUAGAGGAGUUCCUCCAGCAGGCAGGUUACACCAUGCUGCUACUGUUCAUACGGCUCGUCGCUAGCUCCCGAUAUUUGGUGGUCUUAAAUAUCUAGAUUUCGUUAAUGAUCUCCAUGUUUUAAAUAUUGACACAUGGGAAUGGUCGAGACCCAAGCAGCAUGGGGAAAUACCAGGACCACGCUGUGGUCAUGCAGGUACAACAAUUGGAGAUAGCUGGUUUAUUAUCGGUGGUUACCAUGGAGCCAGUCGAACCCCUGAUGACAUUAUCGUCCUCAACAUGUCAAAUUAUGUAUGGUCAGUGUUACCAACUACAGGGGAAUGCAUCUCUGCUACCACGCUGGGAUUGAGUUUGGUUGCGAGUGCCUAUAAAGGUCAGACUGUGCUGAUAUCUUUUGGUGGAUAUAGUAUGUGCAUUACGAAUAAGGUGCAUAUCCUUAAACCAAGCCAUAAGUCACCCUUGAUGACACCGAUUCCCAACAGUACAUAUGGUGUGCAUGAUGCUCCCAAUGAUACCUUUGAUCCCAGGGGAACUGGGAAAACCGAAUCAACCGCUGCUUCUGCUGCCGAAGAUCACCUUGCAUCUCUCUAUGUAGCGCACUUUCCUCUAUCGUGUAGUUUAGAGUGUGGCUGAUAUUUGUUAUACUUCCUCCAGUUUUUUUAGUAGAAACACUUGCUUUUUCAUGGCUUUAUUAUUAUGCAGGAGCUUCAAUAUUUACGUGAUCAGCUGAGAGUUGAGGAUUUAAAAUAUAAAAAACUUGAGGCAUAUGUGAGAAGUCGGAAUCUAGAGAUCUUUGAAUGUGGAGAGACAGGUCAAAUAAAACUUGUAAGUGCAGCGGAAAAGUUGAGGAGGAUACAAUUAGCCACAAACUCUGAUAUUGCAGAGUUUUGAAAUGAUUUCAUUUAUAAAUUAGUAUCAUUCUU